AUGGAGGGAUCAGAGAAAGCUGCUCGAGUGGCACCACCGGCGCAGAGGGUACGAACAGGCUGUUUAACAUGUCGGAAACGCCACCUGAAAUGCGACGAGGCUAAGCCCACGUGCGAGAACUGCCGAAAGGGCAGACGUGAAUGUGUGCGAGGGCUUAGGCUCACCUUUACAAAUGUCUACGUCCUCAGUGAAGGGCUCAUUCCUUGGGUUCUUGGUACACUCGUACUGGGAGCUGGUGUUGGACGGCAUACUAAUGGGGGUUGUAUAGUGGAAUUCGUGGAUGAGUCUAAAGCUAUCGCUUCGGAGUAUGAAAAGGGCUUUCUCAAGAAACCUUCCCGGGCAGCUGUGUCCAAGGCCGAACGAUCAGUACUUAGGAAGAAAGAACCCGCGCAACAAUGCCAGGCUGCCGGCCCAAAAGCUGGCGCGUACCAGCGAAUCCUCCCCGCACCGAAGACUACUACGCCGGCAGGAGAUGGCGGAAAAGACUGCGAGCAGCCAUACAAGGAGAAGAGGAGAUCCCAAAAGAUCUCAACACGUCAGUAUAAGAAAUUGUUGCCGGGGGCUCAGCCCCAGCAGACGGAUGGAACGGACCAAUUCCAGCUGCCCACACCUACACCGGGGCAGACAAUGGCACAGCCCGGGUCGCUGAUGCCCGCCAAAGGCGAGCGAGCCCCCAAGGACUGCGCUCAGGGGGAUGAUUUUGCCUCCUUGUCGAUGCUACGACGAGCGUCACUGGUCGUUGACGGCUUCUCAAAGGAUGCACUGGAUGAGUUUUUGCACUCGCAAGGCAUGUUCGACAACACGAAGGCGGAAGAGUAUCUCAGCAGCGAACAUCAGAUAUGCUUUACGCAAGAGUUCGUUGAGUCGAUUGGCAAGUGGAUAGACUGCUUUGAUGGCCAGUCGGAGUUCAGCCACUCUCUGCCAUUCAGGGCUCUUGACUGUCCCAUGCUGCUGAAUGCCAUGUACGCAUGUGGUGCAAGGCGGAAACAAGGCGAGGUGACGAAAGACCAAUAUGAUUGGUCCCAUUUCUACUAUAGUACGGCUACCACCAAGCUCUUGAAGGCCUUGUCACGCCCUGAUACAGACAUGGAAAACUGUGCGAUAACAUCGGUCAUACUUAACGUCUACGAGACCAUGGCAGAUAGGAUCCAUGGACGAGCACACCACGGCCCAGGGUCCCGGGCAAUCAUCAACUUUUGUAACUGGAAUGCUAGUAGUGGUGGUAUCGCAAGUGCCAGCUUCUGGCUGAGUGUGGGCAUGGAGACGCUGAACUGCCUCACCUCGCACUCCCAGGUCACAUGGGACCCAAGAAGCUGGGGCUUUGCCUUGAAUUUCCCAGCCGAGCAAUCCAGAGACACUAGCCCAGACGAGGAGGCGGUCUGGCUGCACCGCGUCCUGUACAUUGCUGCCAUGACUGUCAACUUUAGAGCGCGCGGCUUCCAUGUCGACCCCAACAAUGAAAUGGUGCAGAUGGGGGAACGGCUGCCACAGUGGCAGGAUUUGAAGAUGCUGUGCGACUCCUGGAGUGAUUUGUGCCCUAGGUCAAUGGCCCCGAUAGGGUACACAGAUCCCAGACCAGGAACGCUGAUCCACCGUUCUGCCGUGAUGGGCCGCUUGUUCUAUCACGUCGUCCAAUACUUGCUUGCGGAGAUAAACCCGGUCAUGCCGAUUGAGUCUUCCCCCGUCAUGCGAGACGUGCGACUGCACCACGCGCGCCAGGUUUGCGGGAUUGCUGUGAGAUGCAAGGAACACGUCGUGCCGGGGAUUCUAAUCCAGUCCCUGGCCCUGGUCGGGGUCUGUCUUGUCAACGAGGAUGAAAGAAAGGAGGCGAUGAGCCUGUUGGAGGGGAUACGUGAGAGGAGCGGUUGGGGUAUCAAGCAGGCCGAGAUGAGGCUGAAACUCGUCUGGGGCUGGGAUUCGGUCUUCACCGUGCCCCCGUCUGUCAAGAGGGAACCCCCAAGCCCGGCCAGGCCUCCCCGUGGGCCCCAUGUGCUCAUUGGGCGUGGGAUAUAA